GGCGCAAGAGUACCAACUUGGUAAACAAAACUUCGAUACUUCACUCGUUUUGUGUGACGCAAUAAACUGCCUUACUCGAUAAUCAAUCAUACUCACUUACCGUGUGGGUAUGAAUACAUCAUAAAAUUACUUAUAAGUUACCAAUGUGGAUGGUGAAAAUCGUGAAUUUUACAUACAUACAGGUUAGGCAACCAUCUGGACCAUGAUUCCUGAUUUCUUUUUGAUGCGUUGGCAAUUGUAGUAAGCACCAUGGCUUCAGCAACACUUGUCCACACCUUGAAGUCCCACAGCUCUGAUGUCAACUGUUGUUGCUUCUCAGCUACUACAAUAGCCUCCUGCUCAGGGGACAAGUCUGUCCGACUCUGGAACCUGGAAGACUUCAAGGAGUUACCCAUCUCUCCCCUGCUGGGUCACACGUACUAUGUUCAUUGGUGUGUCUUCAGUCCAUUUGGUACCGUCUUGGCCUCUUGCUCGACAGAUGGUAAGAUCAUCUUGUGGGAUGCUCGCACCGGAGAGAGCCAAGUUGUUUUGCAGCAUCCUAGUAAGGCAAUCGUUAGGGUCUGCAGCUUUUCGCCCAACUCUGAGAUGUUGUUGACUGGAGCAGCAGACAGUACCUUGUGUUUGUGGAACGUACAGAAGAAGUCCUUGAUCAGAACCUUUGAUGGGCAUGAGAAUGUCAUCACAGCUUGUACAUUCACUCCUGAUAGCAGCUUUGUGGUUUCAGCUUGUGCCUCCGGCGAUCUUCGCAUUUGGGAUGCCCUCUAUGGCCACACUAAGUCGCUUUUCUUUGACCCUGAGUGUCAUGACCUUGGCGUGUCAUGUCUGGUCAUCUCUCCAACUUUUGGUUCAGCAGAUCCUAAUGCUGAGAUAAACAGUGAUCGGAGAGCUUACCUUCUAGCAACUUGUGGAGGAGAAAACCUGGUCAAACUUUGGGAUCUUAUUGUUUUUCCUUCAUGUAAGACCAAGGUACGAUGUAGUCUGACGGGCCAUACUGCUAAGGUCAUGGCAGUGGCUUUUUCACCGGAUGGAAGUCUGUUGGCAUCAGGGGCUGUCGACAAGAUAGUCAUUGUUUGGAACCCGAUUGAAGGAAGUAUGCUGUACACACUAGAAGAACACUCUCGUUAUGUCACCACUGUAGCAUUCUCUCCCGAUGGACGGUACCUUGCUAGUGGUUCCAAUGACAGGACAGUCAAAGUUUGGUUGCUACACGCCCAAGGGGAGGCUCCUAAUCUACCUGCUCCAUCUGGUGCCCAGCAGGUUACUGGUACUCUACAAGGUACAGAUGGUGCUUCUUCAAUGAAUGUACUCCUUGAAUGGUCAAUUGAUGACGUCUGUGAUUGGCUAAAGGCCCAGGGUUUGGAGGAGUAUGUUCAGAGUUUCCGUGAUAACCGCAUAGACGGGCAAGAGCUUCAGUCACUGAACACAGAUACACUUGUCAAGGACCUUGGAGUCAAGGCACUGGGACACAGACAGAAGAUUCUUCGUGGGGUUCAGAUCAUGCGAGAGAAAGGCAGCAGUGGAAUAAUUUUAGAUGAUGGCAUACCAGAUGAGUAUCUCUGCCCAAUCACACGAGAGCUCAUGAGAGAUCCAGUUAUUGCUGCUGAUGGUUUCUCCUAUGAGAGGUCAUCUAUUGAAUCCUGGAUUCGAGGUAACAAGACCAGCCCUAUGACCAACUCUCCGUUGGUACAUACCAAUCUGACUCCUAACCGUAGCCUGAAGAUGAUCAUUCAAAGACUCUACAAUCUUUAAGAUGGGCCAGAGAACAACAUUCAUGUAAAAUACAUAAUUUAUCAAAUUAUUUCACCAUGAAUUUGAUCAUACUCGGUAAGUAAUGUGUCGACUUGCUACAGAAUUCACUUUACAUCUUUUCAUUAAAAAUCAAAUGCAUGCACCUUGACAGACACAAACGGGGAUGAUCAAGUACUUGGUGCCUCUGACUUGCAGCUUGAGGUUCAGAGGUUCACAUCCAGUUGCCACCUUAUCUCUGUGUCCAGUAAAUCCUUCUAAUGAAGUGUGCAAAUGAUACAUUUUACAUACUUGGAUUAUCUACUUGAAAGUAGAAUAUGGUUAUUUUGUACUUCAGAUUUGUUUAUUUGUUUGAGUGUAAUUCUUUUUAAAUUUAAGGCUAGCAAAAAAAUAAUGUGCAUGCCAAGUUAUUUGGAUGCAUUCAUCCUGGUUGAUUGGUUGAUGCUUGAUUUUGCCGAUAUUCAUAUAGCGUUUUUAGUGUGUAUUGGUAAAGUACAAAAAAGAUACAUGGUGCAGUUCAGAAAACAAACUUGUGUGAUUUGUUUGAAGAUCCAUUAAGGCUUUGACUUGAGAGAAAAUCACGUAUUAAGUGGGACAUGCUUCGUCAAUGUGAGCAAAUUACUGAAUGAUUUGGAUGUUUGUGACAUAUCUACUGUGAAUAUAAGUGUAUAAAUAUUUGACUUCAUGUUGAUGUGUUGGAUGAUGUUGACAUUUGUUGCACAUAACUGUGCUUAUGAAUUUGGAAAUUUGCAUUAGUUUAAUCCAGUCAUAGUGCGAUGGGUGAGAUCAUUACUGUACUUAUAACCAAUCAAAACUCUUGUUUAAGUCGCAGUGAAUUCCAGCCUUAAGCUUAAUGUAAUAGCAAAGUGCUGAGCAAUAUAAAAAUGGUUGACUGGUGCCCAUUGAAUAUCCAAAUCGUGUGAGUUCAGUUGAAAUAUUUCCUUUGAAUUAAAGCAGUCUGAAUUAUUCCUGACUAAAGUAUGUUUAUCUUCCUCUUAAUCGUUUUGUAGUGUUCCUUUAUACUUUUGGUCCUACUUCUGUUUGUAUUUUUGAUUUACAUUUUUCACAAGUCUAGUAACAUUAUUCCGAGUCAUACAAGUAAAACAUUAAAGGCAUUGAAAAGCACUUUAAGACAAUAUUUGAAUUACAGUACACAUCAGACCCAAGUUUCGACCAAGAGUUGUGUUUUAAUUUGUUCAUUUAAAUAAACCCAUUUACGGGGUGUGAGAAUUCAGCUUUUUAGCUGAUUUCAGUGCCAGUUUGAUCUUACUUCAUGUAGAUACAGGUAUCCUUUUGAUCUUAACAGUGUACUUGGCUUAUGAUUCUCUUAUUUCAUUCUUUGUCAAGUACAUCCAAACUAAUCUGAGAGAAAAUAUUUACACCUGUUAUAUGUAGUGUAAUGUUAUAUACUAACAUUGUUGAUAAAUUAUAAACGAUGUCAAGGCGAUCAUGGCACCGAUCAUUACGUGUAAGAUAUAUUGUCAUCUUAGCUGUGUGUUAUAAAAUGGAUCUUUUAUUGAAAUAAGUGUAUGGCAUGAUACUCAUUGUGAAAUUAAAGUAAUGUUUCUUUAAAUUUUUAUAUUCUAUCAUUUUGGCCCAUUUUUACAUUCUUGACACGGAAUAAUGUCUAUAAAAUAGAUAUUUAUUAUGUAUGAAACCUAAACUAUAGGGAGUUUCCUAGUACAUGUACUAUUUUUGAUCAAUAGGAAUAACUCUGAUAGGCGUAGCUACCAAACUCGUUUCUGACAGGCAACCAAUAUUAUUCAACUGUGGUGAAAUCUUUUGGACCACAGAAUUUUGUGUAAGGGUCAUUGGAUAAUUUUCUUUCACUUAAAACUAACAGAAUAAACAGAAUUUAUUAUUUUAUGAAUUUUACAUUA